CAUAAAUUCAACUAAAUAAGGCUCUUACUCAAAAGUGUAUACAUGAAAACUAUAUAGACUAUAUUUAAUUAAAUCAUAUGAUGUGACCACACAUUGCACAUACUCAAGGGCUUUAUCCAGAGCCAAAAAAGCUGCCUUUCGGCCAGGUGACAAGGAAGCAUAGAGCACUUCCAAGGCAAGAGUAUAGAUGGCAUCUUGAGGCAGGGCAGAGACACCAGAGCGGGACCUUAUUAUGAACAAUACCAAAGAUAUGUGGCAGGCAAUCCAGAACACCACAGGCUACAAAAGCAGGAGCAGGGGUGUAAAUGGUAAAUGGACCUGUACUUGUAUAGUGCCUUUCUAGUCUUCCAAGCACUCAAAGCACUUUUACACUACAUGCCACAUUUGCCCUUUCACACACAUUCACACAGCAAUAGCAAAGCCCAUCAAACAGAACACAUUCAUACAAACACCGAUGCACAGCAUCGGGAGCAAUUGGGGUUCAGUAUCUUGCUCAAGGAUACUUCGAGUGUGGCAGGAGGAGCCGGGGAUCAAACCAACAACCUUCCAAUUAGGGGACGACCCGCUCUGCCGCUGCACCACAGCUAUGAAAUGAGCUAAACACAUUUUAUGCUCACUUUGAUCUCAACAAAGAGUCAGCUGUAAAGUCUACUCUAAGAUCAACCACUGUCAGUAUCCACAGCAUAUGUAAAAAUAAUCCUGCUGACAGUGAAUGUGACUAAAGCUGCUGGGUCUGAUAUUUAUUUUCAUCUUUUAUACUCUUCUCUCUUUUACUGCCUCAAUCCUGAAAUUUCUUCACCCACUUAAUGUGGAAGGUAAAGCGGCAGUUAGUUGGCGCUCCUGACACUUGGAAGCUCAUAAAGACAAAUUUCAGGCACAAAUUUUCCUGCAUUGUGAUUGAAAUUCUGAAAUUCUGUACCCCAUAGAGACUGUGUCUGUCCCCCGACCACCUAAAUUAUUUAAAGAAAUAAAAACAAGAGGAGUUAAACAUAAAUCUAAUAAAAGUAGUAGUAGUAGCACUAAAUAAGAGAAUGAAAUGUGGGCUGUUAAAUAUCAGGUCUCUGUCCUCUAAAGCUGUUUUAGUGAAUGAAUUAAUAUCAGAUUAUGAUAUUGAUUUACUUUGUCUUACUGAGACCUGGUUGUUCCACGAGGAGUAUGUUAGCCUAAAUGAAUCCACCCCCCCCCCAGUCAUAUUAAUACUCACAUUCCUCGAGGCACAGGCCGAGGAGGUGGAGUGGCAGCCAUAUAUGAUUUGAGCGUUUCAAUGGACCCUAAACCUAAACUAAAUUAUAAUUCAUUUGAAAGCCUUGUUCUUAGUCUUUCUCACCCAAACUGGAAAACAUUGCAGCCAGUUCUAUUUGUUAUAGUGUACCGCGCUCCUGGAACGUACUCUGAUUUUAUAUCUGAAUUCUCAGAGUUUCUAUCAAGUUUAGUCCUUAAAUCAGAUAAAGUAAUUAUUGUAGGUGAUUUUAAUAUUCAUGUGGAUGUUGACAAUGACAGCCUUAGUAAUGCAUUUAUAUCAUUAAUAGACUCAAUUGGCUUCUGUCAGAGUGUAAAUAAACCAACUCAUUGUUUUAAUCACACUCUUGACCUUGUUUUAUCAUAUGGCAUUGAUAUUGAACAUUUAAUAGUCUUCCCACAUAAUCCUUUCCUAUCUGACCAUUAUUUAAUAACUUUUGAAUUCAUGUUGUUAGAUUAUAAGCCAUUAGGCAAAACUUCCUACAGCAUAUGUCUAUCUGACAGUGCUGUAGCUAAAUUUAAGGAGGAGAUUCCUUCAGUGUUUAAUUCAAUGCCAUGUCUGAAUUUAACAGAAUCCUAUAACGACUUUAGUCCCUCUGAAAUUGAUAAUCUUGUCGAUAGUGCUACAGGCUCACUACGAUCAACAUUAGACUCUAUCGCUCCUAUAAAAAGGAAAUUAUUAAAACAUAGGAGAAUAGCACCUUGGUAUAACCACCAAACCCGCCAGUUAAAACAAAUAGCUAGGAAAUCUGAAAGGAAAUGGCGCUCUUCCAAAUUAUCUGAAUAUCGCUCAAAUUGGCAAGAUAAUCUUAAAACUUAUAGAAAGGCCCUCCGUAAUGCCAGAGGAGCCUAUUACUCAGCACUAAUAGAAGAAAAUAAGAAUAACCCUAGGUUCCUCUUCAGCACUGUAGCCGGGCUGACAGAGAGUCACAACUCUAUUGAGCCACAUAUCCCCAUAAACUUAAGUAGCAAUGACUUCAUGAGCUUCUUCUAUAAUAAAAUUAUUACUAUUAGAGAAAAAAUUAAUCACCAACUGCCAUCAACAGUUAUCAGUGGCUCUCCAAGUUCAGGGACUUCUGUCAAUGUAAACUUAGAUAUAUAUUUAGACUGUUUUUCUGCUAUCGAUCUUCAUCAGUUAACUUCAAUCAUUUCUCCAUCGAAGCCAUCAACCUGUCUAUUAGACCCGAUCCCAACUAGGCUGCUUAAAGAAGUUGUUCCCUUCUUGUUGCACUUCUUUACUGGAUAUGAUUAAUCUUUCUUUAUUAUCAGGAUAUGUACCACAGUCCUUUAAAGUAGCUGUAAUUAAACCCUUCUUAAAAAGUCCACUCUUGACCCAGGGGUUUUAGCCAACUAUAGACCGAUUUCUAACCUCCCCUUCCUCUCUAAGAUUCUGGAGAAAGUAGUCGCCAAAGAGUUGUGUGACUUUCUACAUAACAAUAGUUUAUUUGAGGAUUUUCAGUCAGGAUUUAGAGUUCAUCAUAGCACAGAGACAGCUCUGGUUAAAGUUAAUAAUGACCUUCUGAAUGCUGCUGAUAAUGGACUUGUCUCUGUACUUGUAUUAUUAGAUCUUAGUGCUGCAUUUGACACCAUUGACCAUAAUAUUCUUUUACAGAGACUUGAGCAUCAAAUUGGCAUUAAAAGAACCGCACUAAGCUGGUUUAAGUCAUAUUUAUCAGAUCGCUCGCAGUUUGUACAUGUUAACGAUGAAUCUUCAAUAAAUACUACAGUUAGUCAUGGAGUUCCACAAGGUUCUGUACUUUGACCAAUACUAUUUACUUUAUAUAUGCUCCCUUUAGGCAACAUUAUUAGGAAUCACUCCAUUAACUUUCACUGUUAUGUAGAUGAUACGCAGUUAUAUCUAUCAAUCAAGCCCAAUGAAACUAAUCAAUUAUCUAAAUUACAAACAUGUCUUAAGGACAUAAAAUCCUGGAUGACCUGCAAUUUUCUGAUGUUAAACUCAGAAAAAAACGAAAUUCUUGUUCUUGGCCCCAAAAACCUUAGAGACUCACUGUCUAAAGAUAUAGUUACUCUAGAUGGCAUUAACUUGGCCUCUAGCACCACUGUCAGGAAUCUUGGAGUUAUCUUUGAUCAGGAUUUGUCAUUUAACUCCCACAUAAAGCAGACCUCUAGGAGUGCCUUCUUUCAUUUACGUAAUAUUAGAAAAAUUAGACACAUACUAUCACAGACAGAUGCAGAAAAACUAAUCCAUGCAUUUGUUACUUCAAGGCUGGAUUACUGCAACUCUUUAUUAUCAGGUUGCCCCAAUAAGUCCAUUAAAACGCUCCAAUUAAUUCAGAACGCUGCAGCACGAGUACUGACAGGAACUAGAAAAAGAGAUCACAUCUCUUCUGUACUAGCUUCUCUGCAUUGGCUCCCUGUAAAAUGUAGAAUAGAAUUUAAAAUCCUCCUCCUCACCUAUAAAGCUCUUCAUGGUCAGGCCCCUUCAUAUCUUAAAGAGCUCAUAGUACCCUAUUACCCCUCUAGAACACUACGUUCUCUGAAUGCUGGGCUACUUGUGGUUCCUAUAGUCUCUAAAAGUAGAACAGGAGCCAGAGCCUUCAGUUACCAAGCUCCUCUCCUGUGGAACCAGCUUCCAUUUGUGGUUCGGGAGGCAGACACCCUCACCACAUUCAAGAGUAGGCUUAAGACAUUCCUCUUUGAUAAAGCUUAUAGUUAGGGCUGGAUCAGGUGAGUCCUGAACCAUCCCUUAGUUAUGCUGCUAUAGGCCUAGACUAUCGGGGGAUUUCCCAUGGUGCACUGAGCUCCUCCCUUCCUCUCUCUUUCUGCACUCAUUCAUGUCCCAUUAAUGCAUGUUACUAACUUCACUUCUUCCCCGGAGUUCUUGUGCUUUCUCGUCUCGCAGGUUCUCAUGGAUCCUGGUGGAGCCUCCUGCCAUGGUCCUGCUCCUGCGACUUCAAAUUUAAUCAGCGCAAUUUAAAGACAUUCAUGAUUAAAAGUUGUGCUAUUUACAACAUUCCGUCAAACUUGUCAUAACUUCUGUGUACAUGAUCCGAUCUCAACAAAACUUCACGUGUUUAAUAAGAGUCCCCCCUGAACACGUCUAUGUGAUAAUAUUCAGUAAUAGUGAAAGCACCAUUUUGAAUUUUGUAUUUGAACGAACUCCUCCGGGGAGGACUUGAUCAGUACAGUCAAAAAACAUUGCUGAUUAAAAGUUGUGCUAUCUGUGAAUGUACAUUGAAGGGCAUACCCAUGGCGUGGCAUUGAAGUCGGCCAUUCUGAAUUUCUUUGGUCAUUUUCUGUGCAGAUGAAAAGUUGUGCUAUUUGUGACUAUACGUCGAUCUGAUUUACGUGAAAUUUGAUUUGAAGCACACCCCGACACGCGACGGCUGCGAGGGCCCGUUCAUCACUGCUUGCAGCUUUAAUUACUAUUAUCGUUGCUCAUUGUCCCCCAUCGAUGUGGCAGUUGUCAUCGUCGUCAUCAUCUUCUUCAUGUUCAUCAUCAUCAUCAUCACCAUCAGUCACUACUAUUAGUGUGGUUGUUGCUGUGCACCUUUGUCUCUGUCCUUCUGUCUUUACCUCUGUCUCUCUGUCUCUCUGUCUCUCUCUCUCUCUCACCCCAACUGGUCGAGGCAGACUAGAGCCGGGUUCUGUCCGAGGUUUCUGCCUCUUAAAAGGAAGUUUUUUCUUGCCGCCGUCGCCAAGUGCUUGCUUAUGGUGGGAACUGUAAAUAAUUAGUAUGGUCUAGACCUGCUCUAUUUGUAGUGUCCCGAGAUAACUUCUGUGAUGAAUUGGCGCUAUACAAAUAAAAUUGAAUUGAAUUGAAUAGGUCUUCCAAGCACCUUUUACUAGCAAAGCUAGAAGUAUGGUGAUUCUUUUUUGGAAAAAUAUCUCAUUUUGCCUUGACUAUAUGACAGCAGAUCCUUAUGGCAAGAACCUAAUGAUUUCAGGGCAUAUAAAUUAUCCGGAUUUAUUUUCUAAAUUCUUUGAUAUGAUUCCAGCCUCCAGUCCUAAUGUAAUUAUUGGAGGUGACUUCAACUGAAAUUUCAAUCCCACUUUAGACUGGGUGUCAGACAGAGUGCAGCACCCUACUGGCAAAGAUUUUUCUUUUUACUUAAAUAUAUCCAUAGGUCCUACAGUGGAAUUGAUUCAUUUUUUUGAUAGCUUCUGAAUUACUACCCAACAUUACCAAUUCUAUCCAUCAUAAUUUUGAUUUUAGAUCAUAGACUCACUCCAAUUUUAAAAAAGGUACAGCUGGCGCUUCAACCCUCUUCUUCUUGAUAUAUUAAAAAUUAUAUAAAAUACUACCCUUAACAAACGUGUCAGUAAUCUUUUAUUAAAACUUAAACACAAACAAUAAAGCAGAAAAAACUAUUAACAAGUCAAGAGGUGAACAGGCCAAACAAACGAUCCAUAGGAUUAGAUCUAAAUCAGGAAAAUUAGUUACUAAUCCGAAGGAGAUAAACUCUUGCUUCAGAGACUUUUAUAAGGAAGUAUAGUCUAGUAAAGUAAGGGCCACUGAAGCAGAUUUUUGUAUCUUCUUUGGAUGGCGCUUCGAGAGAUGACAAUGACACCCCAAUUUUUAAGGUGGAUCUGUUUGAGGCUAUUUGAGCUUUCCCCUCUGGAAAAGCAGCAGGCCCAGAUGGUUUUGGCUCUGAAUUCUACAAGGCUUUCCAUGAAAAAAUAGUUCCUCUCAUGUUAAGGAUAUUGAAUGAAUAAGAGGCUUCCCAACUCACUCUACAAAGUAACGUUUUUUUUUCAACAAUUGUAAAUCCUGAUCAGACUGGAUAUAGCAGGUAGACUUUCAUUUAGUAAUGUUCGUCUGUUCUAUACAGCUCAUGAAGAAGACAUACAGGCUGCCAUCUUGAUGCUUAAAAGGCAUUUGAUCAGAUCGAAUGACCCUAUAUGUUAGAAGCAUUGAAACUAUUUGGGUUUGGGGGAAACUUUAUAGAGUGGGUCAAAAUAAUGUACACUAAUUCUGUAUCUUCUAUUCUCAUUAAUAUAGACCUUUUGAUCUGCAACAUGGUGUCUCCUCUCCUUUUUGAUAUUGCUUUAGAACCUCUUGCAAUAUUAAGAGGUCAUCCAGGUAUUCAUGGUGUAAAAUUUGGUAUGGUUGAAAGCCUUGUUAAUUUAUAUGCUGAAGAUUUAUUGAUUUGUUUAGCUGAUCCAGUACUAUCAGUUCUCAACUUUCUGAACUACAUUACAUAAUUUAGAAAAUUGUCAGGCUGUACAAGUAACUGGGAUAAAUGUGAGUCCAUGCCAUAGAGGAAUAAUCUGAAAUCUUUAAAUUAGUGACCACCAAUUGUACCUACCUUGGACAUAAGA